AUGUUAAUUAGGGAUGAUUUAACGGCUUUUGGUGAACCUCGAGUUUUGGAGGAAACCGGAUAUUCAUUUAAAAUUGAUUGUUCUGGAAUUUUGGGCCCAUUAGCAGCAGAUUUCUGUGCAAGCAAGACGUUAAGUUUCGAUAUAGGCAAGGAGCCAAAAGCGGUUAUGGGAAUUGUGAAUGCUGAGUUCUCAAGUGAAUUUCCGUGUGUUCCUGAACUUAUGGAUUUUUGUGCGGAUUCUCUUUACAGAUCAACUAAAAAUGGAAUUAUUAUUUCUCGUAACUCCAUGACCUCUUUUGUUAAUGAACGUAAAUUAAAUGCCCGGACACACAAGAAAGAAGAUUUUAUUGGUGUGCAUAAUUUUCUUAGUGGAGGUGUUGAUGCUAAAUCCAACACGAUGUACUUCAUUACAAAAGGCUCACAUAAGACUGGACGCAAAGAACCAAAAAUUAAUAAUCUGGAAGAUUACAAGAAUUUCAUUGAACCAUUUAUUACUAAAAUUAUUGAGAGCAAAGUAUAUCUGGAUUGGAAUAAAAGAAAACACAAUUAUGAGGAGCGCUCUCGAAAGUUAGGUGGUACUAAGUAUGAUCUGGUUUAUUUUAAGGAUGUUUACGAAAAAUUGGCAGCUCUUGUUAAGACUUGGCCCAUUGACAUUGAAAUGUUCGAAGUUUACUGA